AUGAAAGAUGGUACUCGUCUUAAUGCAGAUAAAUUAGUUGACGAAUCGGAUAAAGUUUUCCAAAAAUCAAAUGCAAAGGAUGAAAUUUUUGAAUAUAUAACAAAUAUGCUUAAGUAUAUGAAAAAGGUUUAUUCAAAUAUAUAUGAAAGUAAAGAUACAGAAGUACAACAACAGUGUAACAAAAAAUAUACUGAACUAUAUAAUCAAGAUUAUAAAAUUUUAAUUGAAAUUUUAGAUGAAUUAGAAAAUAUAUUCAUUAAUAAUACAAUCACUGUUAAUGAUGAAAAUUAUUUUACAAAAAUGUUCAAAGUCUAUUUAGAAGGAAAUUCUGUUGAAUUAGUAGAAAUAAAUAAACAAGUAUCAUUGCCUAUUAUUAUGACAAAUUUAAAAAAAUUACGUCAUUCAAACAAUCUAUUUAAAAAUAUAUCGAUUUUAAUUUAUAAAAUAAGUAAUCCAAAAAUAUUUAUAACUGGUUUUAAAAAUACACUUAAAUCAGAAAAUGCCAAAUAUUGUCCUAAGCUCAUUUUAUCAAACAGUCUACAAACAGAAAAAGAUAAUAUUAAAGCGGAAAAUUUAACUACAGCAUUAGGAUGCAUUGGACAAUGCCCAUAUUGUGGUUGCAAAUGUACAGUAAAUAUGGAAAAACACGAUGCACAUCAGUCAACCAAACAUCGAUUAUUGGCAUUUAAUGGUUCAUUUGAAUUGCUUGCAGGUAAUAAAAAAGGUUUUGUUUUUGAUUUAUGCAAUAGUGAAUAUAAUCUAACACAAAGUAAAUGGAAAGAACGUUCACAAGGUCAACUUUCAAUUCAAGAUAAUCCAUCUAUCAAAGAAAGAAUGAGUACAUAUACAGUUGGCCAAGGUGAAGUCACAAUAACAUUAGCUUGGCAUGAUAGUAAUGAUUUGGAUUUACAUGUUACUUGUCCUUGUGGAACUGACAUUGGACCCAAAGGCAAGGGUAAAACAUUUUCAAAUUUUGAACUUAGAGUAUCGACUCAUAAAGGAGGUAAUGUACAAACGUAUAACGGUGCAGUUUAUUCCUCUGGUGAGAAAAAAUUUGUUAAAGUUGGCGACUAUGAACAUGGUGGAUCUAUUAGUUUUCUUGAACAUAUCAAAGAAAAUUUCAAAACUUGGAGUAAUAUUAGUAUAAUUAAAGAUACCCAUUGGGAAAAUAUGUUAAGAAAAGCAUGGUGUCAAGUUGCUUCAAAAAUGAGUGAACGGUAUGAAUUCGAAAAUAAUACCCCAAGGGAAUGGCACAAUUUGACCAGAUCAUAG